AACUUCUACCUACCUCACAAUAUAUAUACGAAGAAAAUUACAGAAACUAUUUUUUUUCCACACAAAUGACAACGAAGCAGAGACAAUCAUCAUCAUCAUCAUAAGUAGUACUAUUAAUUAGUAUAGUAAUUAAACAGAAAACCAGUGCCAUUAGAGAAGGAUCUAGGCAUAAUCCCACAAUAUUCUUUCACUUAAUUGUACAGGACCCCACAAAAAUGGUAGGUGUGACGAUUAGUUGCAGGUGUUUCACGGGUCUUUUUUCUUCAACUUUCAGUUAUUUCUCUCUUUUUAAGCUUCAAAAGUAACUCCUUUUCUCCAUUUAUUCAAUAAUAAACUAUAAGGUAUGUUCUUUUCUUGAAGUUUAUGUUGAUGAUUACAACUGUUUUUAGCCCAGUUGGUCCACACCCCAGUUGUUUUAGUGGUAAUUUAAUGCCCCCCUCCUCUUAUUUUAGGAAUAAAAAUUCAAUCUUGAUUCUUGAGUUAAUAAAGAUUCAAUCUUGAUCACUGAGUUAGCUCAACUCCUCCUUAACAAAACCUUGAAAUACCAAUUUGUUGCUUGAUUGAGAAAUGGCCUAUUUGCUGAAACACUGUGUCAUUCAUUUUCUUGAAAAAUAAUUGUCAUUCUUGAAUUGUUAGAAGAUGAGUGUUUGGUAGGACCAAUGUCAUUUGCCUGUUGUGUUCCAAUUGUUGAAUGUGUAUACUGCUUAGCUUGUGUACGUUGGGUGUGGAAGAAGUUCCUUUAUACUGCUGGCCGUGAAAGUGAAAACUGGGGGCUUGCAACUGUUAGUGAGUUUGAGCCUGUACCGAGGUUUUGUCGAUAUAUUAUAGCGAUAUAUGAGGAUGAUAUUAGAAACCCCAUAUGGACUCCACCUGGAGGAUAUGGUGUGGAUCCAGAUUGGGUUAUUUUAAAGAAAAGUCAUGAAGAUACUCAAGGGAUUGUAUCUCCUUAUUUGAUCUAUGUUGAUCAUCAGAAUGCUGAUAUAGUUGUAGCAAUUAGGGGUCUUAAUUUGGCUAAGGAAAGUGAUUUUUUGGUCCUACUUGACGAUAAACUUGGGCAAGCAGAAUUCGAUGGGGGUUAUGUUCAUAAUGGUCUACUGAAGGCAGCUGAAUGGGUUUGGGCAGCAGAAUCACAAGUUUUAAAGGAGUUAGUGGAGAGGUAUCCAGAUUAUACGUUGACAUUUGCUGGGCAUUCUUUAGGGGCAGGGGUGGUAACGAUAUUGACAAUGUUGACUGUGAAGAACAGAGAAAAGUUGGGGUUGUUAGACAGAAAAAGGAUCAGAUGCUAUGCAAUUGCUCCUGCAAGGUGUGUUUCACUGAAUUUGGCUGUGAGAUACGCGGACAUCAUAAACUCUAUUGUACUUCAGGAUGAUUUCUUACCUCGGACCACUGUGGCACUGGACAAUGCUUUCAAGUCACUUUUCUGUUUCCCAUGCUUGAUGUGCAUGCUGUGCCUGAAGGAUACAUUCACCAUGGAGGAGAAGAUGCUAAAAGAUCCAAGACGCCUUUAUGCUGCAGGUCGUCUUUAUCAUAUUAUUGUCAGGAAGCCCUUCAGCUUUGCUAACAUUAGACCCAUUGUGAGGACUGCUAUACCUGUUGAUGGACGGUUUGAGCACAUAGUUCUUUCAUGCAACAUGACAUCUGAUCAUGCCAUUAACAGGAUAUUGACAGAAUCACAAAGAACAAUUGAUUUGAUGUUGGAGAGGCAUCAAAUCACAGAAUCUGUGAAUAUCCCUGUGCAGCAGAGAAUGGAGCGACAGUCGUCUCUUGCUAAGGAGCACAUGGAAGAACACAAGGCUGCAUUGCAGAGAGCAGUUGCACUGGAUGUUCCCCAAGCAUAUUCUCCUUCUGCAUAUGGAACUUUCAGCGACAUAGAGGAAGGGCCGGAUUUUGGAAAACCAGGGGAGUCCUCUGUCGCAUUUUCCAAAAAGAGGAGAGAAAGCUGGGAUGAUUUGGCAGGACGUCUUUUUUUACACAGAUGAGUCGGGGUGAAUUGGGUUGAAGAUGUCAUAGAUUGGUCAGUGUCAUAUUCAUUUUUUGUUCUUUCUAUAGGGUCUCGUAGAAUACAUUUGAUGCCCUUGUAUAGGUUAGUAAGAUGGCGUUUAGUAGAGAACAGACAAACACGUCUUUUGUUAGUUCACUAGGCAGGCAUCAAUUACUAUGAAUGAUUGCAUUUUCCCGGAUAGUAUCAGUUAUCAGCACUGAGGGACAAAUUUUUGUGUGCCCAAAUAUCAGCUACAGCAACAUAGAUAUUUAAUAGAAUCAAAGUUCAGAUUUCAAUGACACA